AUGAUAAAAUCAGUGCCAUUCUGGAAUAUCCAGUGCUCUGGAACAAGAGAGAUGUCCAGAGGUUUACCGGGCAAGCAGGCCCGGGCGGCGGCCAGGGCAAGCAGGCGCGGGCAGCGGCCAGGGCAAGCAGGCGCGGGCGGCAGUCAGGGCAAGCAGGCGCGGGCGGCGGUCAGGGGCAAGCAGGCGCGGGCGGCGGUCAGGGGCAAGCAGGCGCGGGCGGCGGCCAGGGCAAGCAGGCGCGGGCGGCGGUCAGGGCAAGCAGGCGCGGGCGGCAGUCAGGGCAAGCAGGCGCGGGCGGCGGUCAGGGGCAAGCAGGCGCGGGCGGCAGUCAGGGCAAGCAGGCGCGGGCGGCGGUCAGGGGCAAGCAGGCGCGGGCGGCAGUCAGGGCAAGCAGGCGCGGGCGGCGGUCAGGGGCAAGCAGGCGCGGGCGGCGGCCAGGGCAAGCAGGCGCGGGCGGCGGUCAGGGCAAGCAGGCGCGGGCGGCAGUCAGGGCAAGCAGGCGCGGGCGGCGGUCAGGGGCAAGCAGGCGCGGGCGGCAGUCAGGGCAAGCAGGCGCGGGCGGCGGUCAGGGGCAAGCAGGCGCGGGCGGCAGUCAGGGCAAGCAGGCGCGGGCGGCAGUCAGGGGCAAGCAGGCGCGGGCGGCGGCCAGGGCAAGCAGGCGCGGGCGGUGGGCAUGGCAAGCAGGCGUGGGCGGCGGUCAGGGGCAAGCAGGCGCGGGCGGCGGCCAGGGCAAGCAGGCGCGGGCGGCAGUCAGGGCAAGCAGGCGCGGGCGGCUGUCAGGGGCAAGCAGGCGCGGGCGGCGGCCAGGGCAAGCAGGCGCGGGCGGCGGUCAGGGCAAGCAGGCGCGGGCGGCAGUCAGGGCAAGCAGGCGCGGGCGGCGGUCAGGGGCAAGCAGGCGCGGGCGGCAGUCAGGGCAAGCAGGCGCGGGCGGCGGCCAGGGCAAGCAGGCGCGGGCGGUGGGCAUGGCAAGCAGGCGUGGGCGGCGGUCAGGGGCAAGCAGGCGCGGGCGGCGGCCAGGGCAAGCAGGCGCGGGCGGCAGUCAGGGCAAGCAGGCGCGGGCGGCGGCCAGGGCAAGCAGGCGCGGGCGGCGGCCAGGGCAAGCAGGCGUGGGCGGCGGCCAGGGCAAGCAGGCGCGGGAGGCGGCCAGGGGCAAGCAGGCGCGGGCGGUGGGCAUGGCAAGCAGGCGUGGGCGGCGGCCAGGGCAAGCAGGCGCGGGCGGCGGCCAGGGCAAGCAGGCGCGGGCGGCGGUCAGGAGCAAGCAGGCGCGGGCGGCGGCCAGGGCAAGCAGGCGCGGGCGGUGGGCAUGGCAAGCAGGCGCGGGCGGCGGCCAGGGCAAGCAGGCGCGGGCGGUGGGCAUGGCAAGCAGGCGUGGGCGGCGGCCAGGGCAAGCAGGCGCGGGCGCGGCCAGGGCAAGCAGGCGCGGGCGGCGGCCAGGGCAAGCAGGCGCGGGCGGCGGCCAGGGCAAGCAGGCGUGGGUGGCGGUCAGGGCAAGCAGGCGUGGGCGACGGUCGGGGCAAGCAGGCGCGGGCGGCAGUCAGGGCAAGCAGGCGCGGGCGGCGGUCAGGGCAAGCAGGCGCGGGCUGCGGUCAGGGCAAGCAGGCGCGGGCGGCGGUCAGGGCAAGCAGGCGUGGGCGGCGGCCAGGGCAAGCAGGCGCGGGCGGCGGCCAGGGCAAGCAGGCGCGGGCGGCGGCCAGGGCAAGCAGGCGUGGGCGGCGGUCACGUCAACAAUGCAACACGCUUCAAUUAGAGCGUUUUACUUAUUGCAGAGUUGGGCUCUGCCUCUGUGAGUAA